AUGCAGUACGACAACAAGAUCAAACAGUGCUCCUCCAUCGACAUGUGGUCUGAUCAUGAUUGGCAAUUCUGGUUGCUUCGGAAGGAGCCGGAAGUACGCCAUACGAAUCGACAGUUACAGUUGAAAUUUUUAGGAAGACAAGAAGGGGUGGUUGGGAAAUCAUUGUUAGCAAAUGUAUUAUUGGGUCGUGAAGCAUUUCAACAUGAAUGCAGUGCAAAUUCUGUUACACAUGAAACUGAAUUUGAAGAUAUUCUAAUUGGUAACACGAAUUAUGCUAUAUUUAAUAUUCCUGGUUUAAUUGAAGCUGACCAAGCACGUGUUGAUGCAAAUAAACAAGAAAUAUAUAAAGCAUUCCAGUUACGUUCAAACUCGAUUGUUGUAUUUAUAUUCAAUGGUGGCGCUGGUGGUCGAAUUAACAGUGAAGAUGUAAUUGCAUUUGAAGCUAUUAAUAAAGCAUAUGGUUUUAAACGUGAGUCAUUGUUAUUUUUUGUCAAUGAUUUGCCCAGUAAACGUCCAGAAUCAUAUGAAGGUCAAACGACAAUCAAAUUAGAAUCGUUGUUACAAUUUAAAGAUAUUAAAAUAUGUUUUCUCGAUCGCACUGAUUUACAAAAUGAAAAAGCAAAGCAAUUAUUAUGGUCACAAAUGGCAUCAAAGAUUAUUGAAUGUACACCAAGGGAACAUAUUAAAAAAGCUGAUAUUGCAAUGGAUCUUGAUAAAUUAAAAGAAUUAAAAGAUGAAAUUAAAGCACAACAAACUAAAUUUAGUGAGCAAUUAGAUUUAUAUAAAACACAAAUCGAAGCUAAACAAAAAGAAUUCGAACAAUAUAAAAAUCAAAAACCGGUUGAAAUACAUCAUUAUCAUGAAAGAGUUGUUGAACAAGGUGGUUUAUGUACGCUUUCAUAA